CAAGAGUCUUAUAAAUAAAGCAUUAGAAGCAUCUUUUUUUUUCACAACCAAAUUAUUAGUAAGAAAGAGAAUAAUGAAGAUGACAAAUGCUUUUAUGAUUUUUGUUCUUGUAGUGGUGAUAGCAACAUUGUUGUCCAACUCCAACGUUUUGGCCUCAUCUGUGAACAAUAAAUUUGGAUUCGAUUAUUGCAUAAGACCAUGUUCAACAUAUUUUCAAAGUAACUUUUGCUAUAAAAUGUGUACAAAAGAUCAUUAUUAUUCGGAUGGGGGUUGUAUAGGUUUUAUACAAGAUUUACAAUGUUGUUGCAAAAAAUGAUAGAAUCGAUAAUCCCUUAAGUAAACUAGCGGUUAAAUAUUAUCUUGUUUGCUUUUGAUGAAAUAAAACUUAUCUUAUCCCUUUUAUAUCAAUACUACAUUAUGAAAUUUAUAUACAAAAAUAUACAUAAUAAAAAUAAUUUAAAA